CCCCGCCCCCAAACAGCAACUUAAAAGCCCGGCAUCUGAGCAGAGAGGAAGUAGAAGCCUGCAGUCCCUCGACGUCGCCCGCACACUCCUGCUGUGCAACGCGACGCCUGGAGGCAGCGGUCGGACGCAGACGUUGUUCCUCUUGCCCUUCCCUGUGCCGGGUUGGCGGCUGCAGCUCCGUUUCCCCUCAGAGAGCCGGGGGGCGUUUCUGGAGCCCGGGAGAGCAGCGCCGGGUGCGAUGAAGCGGAUGCCACGAAGGAGGUCGCGGGGCCCCGAGCGCCCAGCGCCCAAGCCGAAACCCGCAUCACGCCCCGGCGCGCGCAGCUCCGCAGCCUUUUCGGACCCGAGGGGCGCGCAGCUUUGGCUCUUCCCCAGCUCGGCAGGCCUCAGCCAAGCGUUGUCAGGGAGGUGCAAGAAGACGCGCCAGAUCUGCUGCACGCAGGACCGGCUGGCGGUGCUGGAGCACGGCGGGGCCCGCGUCGAGGUUCACCAGCUGCCGGUGGGGAGCCACAGCGCCGGGAAGCCCAAAUAUAUGACAUUAGAAAGAAAAAUGAUGAUACAUUCCAUUGACCAAGGAGCAGAGCACAUGCUGAUUCUAUCCUCGGAUGGAAAACCAUUUGAGUACAACUACGGUAUAGAGCCUGCAAGGUUUCAAUGUGUUUUACGAGAAAAAAUUAUAAUUCAAAUCGCAUGUGGAGAUUAUCAUUCUCUUGCACUCUCCAAAGGUGGUGAACUUUUUGCCUGGGGGCAGAACUUACAUGGCCAGCUCGGAGUUGGAAGAAUAGUUGACUCAACCCCUACACCACAGAUUGUGGCGCAUCUCUCAGGAGUCCCCUUGGCUCAGAUAUCUGCGGGAGAAGCCCACAGCAUGGCCUUAUCCAUGUCUGGAAAUGUGUACUCCUGGGGAAAAAACGAUUUUGGACAGCUAGGCCUGGGCCACACUGACAGUAAAGAUUCUCCUUCUCUUAUUGAAGAACUAGACAAUCAGGAUGUUGAAUUUCUCACUUGUGGUGGCUCUCACACUGCUCUGCUGACAAAGGAUGGGUUGGUGUUUACCUUUGGUGCUGGACAAUAUGGGCAACUUGGUCACAAUUCAGCACAAAAUGAGCCAAGGCCUCGUUUGGUGACUGAGCUCGUUGGGAAUAGAGUGACCCAGAUAGCAUGUGGAAGGGAUCAUACACUUGCCUAUGUUUCUGAUUUGGGAAAGGUCUUUUCUUUUGGUUCUGGAAAAGAAGGACAACUGGGAAAUGGUGGAACACAUAAUCAGCUGAUACCUCUUCCUAUGAAAUUGCCAUCGCAAGAAGAGCUCAAAUUUGAAAACUGCACCUCAAAAAAGGAGUUAAUAAUGAUUGCCGGAGGGAAUCAAAGCAUUUUGCUGUGGAUGGGAAAAGAGAAUUCCUAUGUUAAUCUGAGGAGGAAAAUUCCUACAUUGAAAGAAGGGACAGUAGAGAGAUGGAUUGCUGAUGUGGGGACUAAACAGUGGCAUAGUACACAAAGGGAAAUCAGAGAAAUAUUUUCGUCUCCUGCUUGUCUGACUGGAAGUUUUUUAAAGAAAAGAAUACCUGCGGAAACAAUGUCUAUUUCUUUGGACUUAAAUAAAGCAAGAGACACCUUCAAGGAGUUAACCCAGAAUGCUUGGAUUGCUAACACGAUAACCACAUGUCUCAGGGACAAUCUGCUCGUAAAUCUUCCAUUGCAUCCUCCACACCAAGAAGCUUUAGAAGUUUUCCUUCUGCUCCCAGAAUGUCCUGUGAUGCAGGAUUCUAACAACUGGAAGAGCCUGAUGGUUCCAUUUGCAAAGGCUGUUUGUAAAAUCAGCGACCAGUCUUCAGGGAUUCUGGAAAACUAUUGGGCAUCUUUGGAAGAAUCCACUUUUAGUAAACUGGUCCAGGUGCUUAAAGGAGCCAUCGUCUCUCUAAUGGAUUAUUGGACUGAGUCCCAUGAGAAUCACUGUCAUAUGCAAGUUCUCCUGAAAAUGUUGAAAAAGCUGCACAGGGUAAACCAGGCUAAAUGUCAGCUGCCUGAAAAUACUUUCAUCAUAAAUGAAUUCUUGCAUUGGCUCAAUUUUUCUACUGAGGCAUUAAGAAGAGCCCUCUGGAAAAUGGACUUGGAAACAUCAGUAGACAUCGAAGGUUUUGUGUUAUUCAGUCACUUUCCAUUUGUCUUGAAUAGUCUGUCGAAAAUUCGAUUAUUUCGUGCUGACUCAGCGUUAGAAAUGGACGUGAAAAAGUUCAUAGCUUUUAUGCCGUUGAGUGAAACUGAAGCAGUAGGAGAGUCCAAAUCACCUUUGGAGCCCAACUUUAAUCUAACAGUCAGAAGGAGUCACUUGGUUGAAGAUGUUUUUAAUCAGCUACAUCAGUCUGAGAUUGAAGACUUGAGGAAGGAGUUAUGGGUUUCAUUUAGUGGAGAAAUUAACUACGGCUUCGGAGGAGUCAGAUUAGAGUUCUUCCACUGUAUAUUUGAAGAGAUGACCCGGCCAGAAUAUGGGAUGUUCAUGUAUCCUGAAGAGGCUUCCUAUAUGUGGUUUCCUGUCAGGCCUAAAUUUGAGGAGAAGAGAUAUUUCUUCUUUGGGGUACUAUGUGGACUCUCCCUAUUCAAUUUCAGUGUUGCAAACAUUCCUUUUCCUCUGGCACUGUUUAAGAAACUUCUGGACCAAACACCAUCAUUGGAAGACUUGAAAGAACUCAGUCCUGUUUUGGGAAAGUGUUUGCAAACACUUCUAGAUGAUGAAGGCAAAGACUUUGGAGAAGUGUUUUAUAUCCGUUUUGAUGCCCAUUGGGACAAAAAUGAAGCAGAAUUAAUUCCAAAUGGAAGUGACAUAAUGGUCGACCAGACUAACAAGAGAGAAUAUGUUUCAAAGUAUGUCGAUUACAUCUUUAAUGUCUCUGUAAAGGGAGUUUAUGAAGAAUUUCAGAGAGGAUUUUACAGUGUGUGUGACAAGGAGCUUAUUGAAAUUUUUCAUCCUGAAGAACUAAAGGAUGUGAUUAUUGGAAAUACAGACUAUGACUGGGAAACAUUUGAAAAGAAUGCAUGUUAUGAAGAAGGAUAUAGCAGUUCACAUCCCACCAUAGAGAUGUUUUGGAAGGCUUUACACAAAUUGACUUUGGAAGAAAAGAAAAAAUUCCUUGUGUUUCUUACAGGAACUGACAGACUACAAAUGGGAGGUCUUAAGAAUAUGAAAAUAACAUUUUGCUGCCCUGGAAAUUUGAAUGAAAAAGAUCCCAUAAGAGCACAGACGUGUUUAAGUAUCAUCUACCUCCCUAAAUACUCAACAAUGGAAAGGGUGGAAGAAGCACUUCAUGUAGCAAUCGACAGCCACAGAGGAUUUGGCUGACCCUUUAUCGCAUUCAUUACUUCUUUCUGUAAAUAUUUUAAAAAUAAAAUUAAGAACUCAAAAA